CAGGAGCCAGCUUCAGCAAGUUACUCACAUCUCUCCGUCUGGCACCAUGUCCUACAACUGCUCCACAAGGAAACUCUCUUCCAGGAUGAUUGGAGGAAAAUACACUGUGCCAGUGGCCCCAGUUGCCACAGUUUCUACCCCGGAUGCCAACUGCCUGAGUGGCAUCUAUUUGCCCAGCUCCGUCCAAACUGGCUCCUGGCUCCUGGACCACUGUCAGAAGACCUGCUGCGAGCCCAUUGCUUGCCAGCCAACCUGCUACCAGCCAACUCCUUAUGUCUCCAGCCCUGUCCGGGUGACCUGCUCUCGGCAAACCACUUGUGUCUCCAAUCCCUGCUCAACUCCCUGCAGCCGGCCGCUCACCUUUGUCUCCAGUGGCUGUCAGCCCCUGGGCGGCAUCUCUACUGUGUGCCAACCAGUGAAAAGUGUCUCCACUGUCUGCCAGCCAGUGGGAGGAGUCUCCACCAUCUGCCAACCAUCCUGCGGGGUCUCCAGGAUGUACAAGCAGUCCUGCGUGUCCAGCUGGCGAAGAAUUUGCUGAGUGUGCAGGGGCCUGUGAGCGAAUCAAGACUCCAUGACCUGCCAGCUGUGUUUCCAGGAUCUUCCAACAAGCUGCCUGUUCCUGAAUAACUCUUCAUUGCUGACCCCUGUUCUAACUGCCUGACUGCUGGCUGCCAGGCUUGAAUAAGCUGACGUUGGCAAUCUAACGUUUUUCUGGCCAGCACCAAUCUUGUUUUAAGUGUUUGAUCACUGGUGGCACAUAUACCUCUGGAUGUUUCCAGAAAUUUACCACCCAUGCCCCAGUCUCUAAUGGUUUUGGCAUGUUUUGACCUAGCUGUUUUGUCUUCUGGCUUGUUUUUGUGCCUCGGAAAAAGGGAACUUGUUUCGCUCUGUAUUUCUCAAUAAACCUUAAUUACUUGGCAUUACAAA